AUGAAGAUAAUCUUUUCAUCGAUCAUUUUUCAAUUUCUUACUUGGGGUGAUGAUCUUGAGAAACGCCUCCGCCAGUUAUAUGUGAAGGAAAACAUCGUGGACAUAUUCUGGGGUCGAAGUCUUAAAGAUGAUGAUACAAUUUGGAGUGUCUACGUAGUUCGCAAUAUUCCUUACCUAUUCAAAAGGACAGAGAAUGUCAUGGAAGAUCAAAUGAUUCGUUUCAUAACAGAGGAGGAAGGUUCCUAUGGAUUUGGUGUUGGUGUUUGUCAAGUUUAUCAGAAGGACUUUGAGUUAGGAUCAAGUAUAGGAAUUUUUGAAUCUGAGGGAACAUCUGGAACCCUCAGUGCUGUUGUGCGUGAUAAAAUCUCAGAUCAGAUUGGCAUUCUCCCAUGUGAACACGUAUGCAAGUUUAAUGAAUCAAGUACUGGGACUAGUAUUAUAAUCCACCAGCCUUCGCAUAAAGACCUAGAUAAUUUGCUUGUUGGUAUAGCGAGUAAAAAUAAAGCGGUGAUAUGCGAAACAACUACUACUCCGAAGCAUACCGGCAUCGAUGCUGCAUAUUGUACUUUUACAAACACAAAUCGUACUUUAUGUACAAACAAAUGCUCAGUUCUCCCUGAAAAAUUCAAAAAAGCAAACCUUCCUGGAAACACCUGUAUAAAUGGUUUUUAUAAAUGUGAAGAAUUUGAUAAUGACAUUGAUGAUUUUGAUAUCUUUAAAGUAGUAAGAGCUACAGGUUUUACCCUUGGAAAAUUACUUCCUAUUGGCGUUGCCAUCUCCAUUGAUCUAACAAAUGAAAGCAUUAAAAUUCGCAAAAGAGCAAGACAAAAUUCCUACCUGAAGUCAAUAAAAGCGUUAGCAGUGCUAUCUACUGUGUGGUUUGAUCAGCAAUUGGUAUUUGCAUUCGACUUUGAACCUGGAGACUCGGGUGGCUUCCUUCAUGCAGCAAUUGCAGUAUGGAUAACAGAACAUUUCAGUACAUCAGACUAA